AAAAUUAUGGAGGCUUCCUAUCGUCUAUGUGCGAAGGGAUUUCGACUUGCUUCUAAUCCAAACGUCAGUUUCAAGUGUUUGAGACUGUGCUCAUCGUCAAGAUCUAGAAAAACUAGAGCCGAUGGGAAAUCAUUCUAUGAUAUACUAGACGUUGAAAGCUCUGCCACCAGACAAGAGAUCAGAGAAGCAUUUAUUAUCAAGUCUAAACAGUGCCAUCCAGAUAAAGACCUCACUAACCGACAACUUCAUCAAGAAUUUGUGUUGAUCAAUGAAGCAUAUAAUGUUCUGAAUGAUCCCAUACAGCGCAGGAAUUAUGACAUUCAGCUUCGUCACUUGUCGUUUAAUCCAUUAUCACACUAUAGUAGUCAAACAAGUGCAAACACAGUCUAUCACAGGAGUGAACAGUGGAGGGACAUACAGUUCACUCGAGAAGAGUAUUACCGUGACAGACGAAGUCGCAACUUGAAAAUGGCUGGCUUGUUGGUAAUUAUCGUGAUCACAGGAGCAAUUGUACAAUAUAAACGAUUGCACAAACGAUACAUCUGUGUUGCUGAUUGAUUUUGCAAGUCCACCUCAAGAGUAUUGCAAUGCCGCAUUUGCCACAGAACUCUUCAUUUCUAAAGCAAAUGGCCUGAUAGAGCAGCAACACCAACAAAAUGAUAUGUACCACAAGGAAUAUGCUACCUUGAACUUUCUACAAGACACUGUCAUUAGAUUAGACCCCUGGUGGUAGUUUAAACCAUAAGGGUGUGUACUUAAGUAAGGUGAAUAGUGCAAUAGUAGCUCAAGAAGUCUCUUAACCUUGAGAUGAAGAUUCCUAAACAAUAUAGACCAGAAACAGUGGACCAUCGCUAUUCAUUGUCACUUUCAGACCAACAUUGUGAAAGCAACCUAUUUUGUGAUGAAACUGUGUUUGAGUCUUCUGUCAUGUGACUGGAGUUAGCCACACAUUACUUUGUCAUAGUAUAAUUUUAGCUAUUUUAUCAGUUGAUUUCAAUGCAUAACUUCUGGCCAGGCUUCUUCACUACUAAUGAAAAAAUAAAUUUUAUAAUUGUGUUAUUCACAAACUUUUUUAGGCCAAAGAUUUCAGAACCAAUUCCUAUGUCUUCAUCAAUAGACGAUAUUUGGGGGCGGAGCUUCUACAGCAUGCGCAAUCUCGACGCACCUUUCGCCGAUCUCGCUGUACACGAAGUCCACGUUUCCGGGUCUGCUUCUGAACCGUAGAUCAUCUUGCUGUUGACUAGGCUUUGUAAGUAAGUUCACCACUUACCAUUUCGUGCAUCUUGUGAGAGACUUUGCCUGCGUAGAUGUUGUAGCGCACUAGUUACUUAGCGUACGUUAGUUGACGUCAUUAGGUAGCGCCUAUAUAACUUGUGAAUUUGCUAGACUAGCGUAGUAUUGAUCGUGUACCGUGUAGUACGUGUAUUGUGCAGUACGGUGUAUCGUCUACUUAUA